AUGAAACCCUCGACAAUGGCGUGGAACGUGUUCAAGUUCUGCACAGCACUUCGCGCAUUGGGUUCGAUCAUGAUCCUGGUCGUAAUCGGGAUCGUCGGAUUCACAUAUUACGCCGUGGUAGUCUUGAAUUACGGACCGGGUCUAUUGCUCGGAGGUCUCGAUUCGUUUCUAGCUCUUCUGGUUUUAGCGCUCUUUCACUUUCUGCUUAUAAUGCUAUUGUGGAGUUACUUCUCUGUUGUUGUGACGGACCCUGGUGGUGUUCCACCGGGCUGGAGGCCGGAACUAGACAUAGAGAAGAGCGAUGAAAAUCAAGAAGCGACGGCAGAAGCAAACUCAUCACUCUCGGUCGGAGAUUCGUCGUCUCAUAUCGUAAGAUAUUGCCGAAAGUGCAAUCAAUAUAAACCGCCUCGUUCUCACCAUUGUUCAGUCUGUGGAAGAUGCAUACUGAAGAUGGACCAUCACUGUGUUUGGGUUGUGAACUGUGUUGGGGCAAUGAACUACAAGUCUUUUCUCCUAUUCCUGUUUUACACAUUUCUUGAGACAGCGUUGGUUGCAAUAUCACUGUUUCCUGUUUUCCUCGUAUUCUUCAGCGAUGGAGACGGUGACAUAACCGUAUCACCAGGAAGCGUAGCAGCCACCUUCGUUGCAUUUGUAUUGAACAUAGCAUUUGCGUUAAGUGUCCUAGGCUUCCUAAUUAUGCACAUUAUGCUUGUCGCGCGUAACUCCACUACUAUUGAGGCAUAUGAGAAGUAUACAGCUCCUAAUAACUCUCCUUAUGACCAUGGUCGAAAGACGAACUUUGAACAGGUUUUUGGAAGGGAUAAAAUGUAUUGGUUCUUGCCAUUAUACACAGAAGACGACAUGAAGAAGUUGCCAGCACUUCGAGGGUUAGACUUUACGAGCAGGUCAGAGGAAUCGGAGCCGCUUCAGUCUCUAUGA